AUGGAAGCUCUUAGCCAACUGCUGUCAAGUGCAAGAAAUGGUGGCUUUAUUUCUAGUUUCAAAGUGGGAGGAAGAGGAAGAGAGGGACUGAUUGUGUCUCAUCUCUUAUUUGCUGAUGAUACCUUGAUUUUCUAUGGUGUUGAUGCAGAACAGUUGCAAUAUCUUAGCUGGACUUUUAUGUGGUUUGAGGCGAUUUUAGGGUUAAAAGUUAACUUGAGCAAAAGUGAGGUCAUCCCGGUGGGUGAAGGCGUUCAUAUGGAGACUCUUGUCCCUGUCUUAGGUUGUAAGAUUGGGAGUUUACCCACCUCCUACCUAGGUCUCCCCCUUGGGGCCCCUUACAAAUCCACUAGGGUGUGGGAUGUAGUGAAAUAA